UUCUUUGUUUAAUGUAAAUGUUUUCCAAGGCUGGCAAACUCAUCAUCCCUUUCCCCUACGCCAACUCUUUUCUUCGCGUUCUCUCUAUCCUCCAUUGUUCUGCAGAAGCCGCCAUUUUUGCUGUUGCUUCGUGUUACUCCCUCUCUUCUUCGAGAUCUACUCUUUCUCUCUCCUUCUUUUCAGAUUUGGGAACUGGCACAGCAAUGCGAAGUGCGGAAGUAUUGCGUAGAAUAAAUUGAGGAUUCUAUUUUCAGUUGGUGAAUUGUUGCUGGAUAAGAGAGAAAAAUGGUUCUUAUAUACUAUCUGAUCGUUGCAUUGCCUUGCACAAUUGGAGCGAUUGCUCUCGCGAUUUUUCACAUAUACCGGCAUCUUACAAAUUACACUGAGCCGACUUUUCAAAGAUAUAUUGUUCGUAUCAUCUUCAUGGUCCCGGUUUACGCGUUAAUGUCUUUCUUGGCCUUGGUCAUGCGUGAUAAAGCCAUAUAUUUCAAUUCUCUGAGAGAAAUAUAUGAAGCAUGGGUUAUAUAUAAUUUCUUAUCUCUCUGCUUGGCAUGGGUGGGAGGACCUGGGGCUGUUGUGCUUAGUUUGAGUGGACGAGUUUUGAAGCCUUCAAUGUGUCUGAUGACAUGUUGCUUUCCUCCUAUUCCGUUGGAUGGGCGUUUCAUACGGAGGUGUAAGCAAGGGUGUUUGCAAUUUGUUAUUUUGAAACCCAUUUUGGUGGCUGUCACAUUUAUACUCUAUGCAAAGGGAAAAUACGAAGAUGGAGACUUCAGUGCAAAUCAAUCUUACCUCUAUUUCACCAUUAUAUAUACCAUCUCAUAUUCUGUUGCUCUAUAUGCGUUGGUCUUGUUUUAUGUGGCAUGCCGAGAUCUUCUCCAGCCGUUCAAUCCUGUUCCCAAAUUUGUUUUGAUAAAGUCUGUUGUUUUCUUAACAUAUUGGCAGGGAGUCUUGGUUUUUCUUGCUGCCAAGUCUGGAUUCAUUAAAAAUGCAGAGGAUGCUGCUGACGUCCAAAAUUUUAUUAUUUGUGUUGAGAUGCUCAUGGCUGCCAUAGGUCACUUUUAUGCUUUCCCUUACAAGGAGUAUGCUGGUGCAAAUAUCGGUGUCUCUCCUGGUCUCACAGGAAGCCUUGCUCAUGCCGUGAAAUUGAAUGACUUCUAUCACGAUACAGUUCAUCAGUUUGCACCAACUUAUCAUGAGUAUGUUCUUUACAACCACGGUGAGGGUGAAGAAGGGACAAGGAAGUACAGGUCACGUACAUUUGUGCCUACUGGUCAGGAGAUGGAUGCUGUUAGGAGAAAUAAACACCUGUAUGGGAACAAGCUGGAUGAUAUUCAACUUUCUAGCCAGUCAUCCUCUGGUGUGAGCAGUCCAGAGAAUCCGGUGAUUGGCCACAAUUCAAAUUCAGAGAAGAUGAACUCUUCCCUUCUUGUUGAUACUACAAAUUCUGUAUCGGUCCCAUAUGAUAUGACUCUUAUUGAUCUAGACCUUUCAAGUUACCCUUCAAAUGUUCCUGCAGUUAGUGAGACGACAAAAAGGUGACAUGUCUGAAGCUCUGCCUGCAGGUAAGGCACCAGCUAGAACUUUGUCAUGUUGCAAACACCUUUGGUUUGAGAUGAAAAACCCAUAAAUGACAGAAAUAGUGUGAAUAUAUUACUUGAAAACCUUCACGGUCUUUGUUACAAAGGUAGGUUUGCUGCAUGUACCAUGGUUUUGUGGUGUUUGAGCUUUGUUCAUCCAUGCUAUUCUUCGAUGAGGCUCAUGUGGUGUUUUUCAGACCAGUCGUUAGAUCUAGUUCUCUAGUGCGGCAUUAGGUCUGCUUGGUUUGCCGCCAUUUGUCAGUCGCUCUGGUUGUUUAAGAGGCCAAGCUACUUCCUGAAUGAAUGGACGUAUUGUGAAAUGUAAAUGAUAGGUAUAGAUUUAAUGAUUUAUAUUUUCAGGAGAGUAUUUGUUUUCAGCAUAAGUGCUCUGUUUUAUUUUUGUUAA